AAUCCACACAUCGUCCAGUUCCUGUCUCUAUUGGAGCAACAUCCUGUAUACUGUUUGGCAGUCACACGCCCCGCCGCUGAAUGAUGCUGUUGUUCUCUCUCUGUCUCUCUCUCUCUCUCUCUUAUUCUCUCUCUCUCUCUCUCUCUCUUUCUAGGGGAGGGCUAAAACAGUGGACCACAGACAGCAGAAGAAGACAUGCAUGCAUUUUAAACGGGUGUCAAUCCCUCGAGAAGAUUCCUCCGAGGCCGCCGUGAAGCUGCCAGACCUGCCUGGACAUCCUGCGUGAGGAGGGAACAUGUCGCCGUGAGGAGCUGCUCCGAUCCCAACAACAAGCGCUGUCAUGGAUCCAAGCAUCUGUAUGCUGGAGCUGCUGGGGGUCCUUUUCUCUGUGGGGGCCUGGCUCUGCUCCCUGGCCACCACCAUGAUGUCCACGUGGCUCACCCUGUCCACAGACCUCCUCCCCACUGAGAGCUAUGAGCUGGGGCUGUGGGAGACCUGCGUGGUCCAGGACCUUGGCAUUCUGGAGUGCCGACCCUACGACAGCCUCCUCGGCCUUCCCCCGGACAUCAAGCUGGCACGGGUUCUCAUGUGCGUGACGGUCGCCACCGGGCUCCUCGGGCUCCUCCUGGCCAUCCCCGGGAUGUAUGUGGUCAACAGCUGCGACAGCCGUCUGGAGGACAAGAGGGUGAAGAGGGUGCUGAAGAUGUUCGCGGGGGCGCUCUGUCUCGCCACGGGCAUUUUGGGCCUCAUUCCCGUGUCCUACAUCGCCCACCUGACAGUGGUAAGAUUCUUCGACGAGAGCGUCCCAGACAUGGUGCCGCGCUGGGAGUUCGGAGACGCCCUUUUCUGCGGUUGGACGGCGGGCUUCCUGCACCUGGUGGCCGGUUUCCUACUGCUGGUCUCCUGUCUGUGUCUGCAGGAGGACAGCUGCAAUAUCUCCAUUCCCACACCGCUGGUCAUGGGUCACCCCACCGACUCCUCUCAGCGGACAAGAUGCGAAUACGUCUGAGACUGUGGACGCAGCCUGAACUCUGACCCCUAAUGCUUUAACCAUGCUUAUCUGAUGAUUCCCCUCAAGCACCGAUUAUGUACAGGGUAGUUAUAAUGUAAUGUACAGAGACCCCAAAGAUCUGAAAAUGGUAUUUUUAUAUCUUGAGGGAACGAGAUCUUACGUUGUGAGAACAAGUUGUUAAAGGAUAAUUAUGAAAAUAAGACUCAAGCUGGGCCUUGUUUUCAUAGUUUUUCCAUGUUAUGACAUAAUUUUACUGACCGGCUUCAGCUUGUAGAUUUUGGGCACAGGACGUAUUUGGAAGUAUAAACCAAAGUGAAGGUUAAAAGUUAUGAUGUGAGAUGUCCAAUAUGAUCAAUGGUGGACGACGCUGCUGAUCUACUUCCUGGUUUACCCUGCAGGAAGUAGCAGCCUAUACUUACCGUAGGUAGUAGUAACCAUCCAUAAACUAGCUGGCCAGCACAAUAGAGAAGUUACAGAUAACGGACAGUCGUGGACACCAUCUGACGGACACACUAGGGGGAUUUGUUGUUCCCUUGUCUCAUAAGACACCACUGUAAAGCUGAGUCCAGCGACGGCCCCCUGUCCAAAAUAUACAAAACGAAGCCGGUGAGUAAAAUGACAUCAUAACUGAUAUGAAUGAUGGGAAAACUAUGAAAAUAAGACGCCGGUUGUAAAAAAACAAAAACAAAACCCAAAAAAACGAAUGAUCCUUUAAAGCAGCGUUUCCCAACCCAGUCCUCAAGGACCCCCUAUCCUGCAGAUUUUCAUUGUAACCCUGCAUAGGUGGCCCUGCUUGUACUUACUCAACCAAUCAUCUCACAGCACUUAAUUAUGCAAGGUGUGCAACAUCUGACAUAAUUCAUUGCUGAUUAGUUGAAUAACUACAAACAGGUACCUAUUCAGGGUUGCAAAGAAAAUCUGCAGGAUAGGGGGUCCUUGAGGACUGGGUUGGGAAACACUGUCUUAAAGUACAUGCACAAGAUAAUUUAAUAUGGAUAUGCUUCUCUUCUACAGAACUGUGAAUGGAGAUGGUGUGUUAUGGUUUCCACCAGACUCUGUAAUUGCAUCAUGUAUGAAAUCAGUGACGCCGUGUAAACCUGCAUAUUCUUGAUACACCGGCCGCGUCUGUUGUCCUUUAAAACAGCAGCAGAUGAUUCCUGCCGAGGACGUCUCUGCAUGACGGUGCCAUGUUGACACAAAUCCUGAUUCAUUCACUUCGCUCCAUUUUGAGGAGGCCGUGUGUGCGUCUCUGCUGCAUAGAAAAGAAGCACAUCCAUUCACGUUGCAUUGUGUGAUUUCCUCUUCUCAUUGUCAAUCAUUCAAUUGUUUUCCACGCUUGUGAGCCAAAGACUUCUCCAGCUGACAAGGCAGACUGAACCCACUGAUCCCGGCAUGGAGCGCUGCUGCCUGAUCUGUGCACCGGACUCCUAAGUCGCUGUCUGACUGUUUCAAACGAGGAAAGACUUUCUCAAAACAGAAAGAACGCCAUUCAGUCUCUUCUUUAAAGACCGUCUGUCUUCUGCUUUAUGGACUCCUAUCUGCCACGACUGUCUCUUUCUUACUUGGACUGAGAUUCACAUCAUCCAUGAGGUCUUCCACACGUCCCGUUCUGUCAGGCCCAAAAAAAAAAAAAAAAACAUAUAUGUACCUUUUGUUCUGCUGCGUGGUUUUGGUCUCCACAAAAGCAACAUAAUGGAGUCAGUAUUACUCCGUAAAGAAUCAGAAGAAACCAAAUCCUCCGUAUUAUAUUCACUCCCAAUUCCCUUUACUGAAAAUCCCACCAGACGAGUCCUCCCUGAAGAGGAGAACAAGGCCGAGACAUAAUAAAGUGAUGAUCAAAUUC